UUGGAUACGACCCAAAUAAUCGCUAUAGCUAGUUUAUGGAAACAUUACGAAGAAUGAAUACGAUGUACUGUAAUAUAGCAGUUGUUCUACUUAUCAUCACAGUUUCUGUUGUUGUGGUUGUAUCAUGUCCCAAUAAGUGUACAUGUAAUACAAUCAUGCGAGGAGUUAUUUUAAAUUGCACUAACCAAGGACUUACUGUUAUACCAAACAUACCAAGUGAUUCAUAUAAGAUUGACCUUACCAGAAAUCAAUUCACAAACAUAAAGAGAUUUACGUUUUUCAACAUUCCUGAACUUAAUUUCUUAUACCUUAAUGGAAAUGAACUGGAAAACAUCGAGGAAAAGUCGUUUGUUCUAUUAGAUAGGUUACGACAUUUAUAUCUUCACGAUAACAGCCUGACCACGAUAAGCCAAGGACUUUUUAGAGACUUACCAGAUUUGUAUAUCUUGCGUUUACAAAACAAUAAGAUAUCUGUUAUUGAACCAUAUGCGUUUACCAAUUUGCCUGAUUUGGGUAGAGUGUUUCUAGAAUACAACAGUAUAUCACUGAUCUCGGAAUACUCUUUUGUUAAUGUGUCCAAAUUAUACAUCCUAAACCUUGAAUUAGUCUGCAAUUGCCAGAACUUUCCCUUUAUGACCUGGGUAAAACAAGUAUCGAGGUAUGAUGUGACCUGUUCAGAUCGGAACCAUGUUGAACUAUCAAAUCUUCAUAUGUGCCAUUUUAAAGAUUGUGACACUCAGUUGAAUGAUAUGCAGACAGAAUCUACUACCUUAGAAGUUACUACAGAAACAACAACAUAUGCUGUUAUAUUAGGAUCCGUUGGUGGAAUUGUAGGAUUGUCAGUAAUAGUUGUAGUCGUUAUUCUGUUCAUGAAGCGAACUUCAAUUCUAAAGAAAUUCAAGGACAUUCCAAAACAAAAAGGUUCUGCAUUGUAUGAAAAUGAAAUUCUAUUGGAUCAUCAAGUCUAUCAGGAUCUGACUCUGGUCAGGAGAGACAAUGAUUCACCAUAUGAUGCCAUACACAAUUUCAUUACAUAAAAAGGAUAAGCUUUCAAGAAAAUAUCAGAAUACAUUCAUUUUACGCUACAUUGAUCUUUUCAAUUUAGACUAUAUCAUACAUACGGAAAUAACGAGCAGAUGUUUAUAUAAGACGGAUCAAUUAUCUCUUCCUUUUAUUGGAUCUGGUAGUAAAGCUGGUAAUAAGAAUUCAUACCAAAUAACAAUACAAACUUUAGAUCGAAAAAAGUGUUUCUAUAAAUGUAGCAGCAUUGUUUAAACUGGUGACUCAUAAUUUACACGAUACAAUUAAAUGACUAGAAAAAUAAAUGAGUAAAAACGAGUACUACAUGCAUCAGAAAUUUGCAUAGAUGGUAUAUUUAUCAUUUUGUAUAUAGAUAUCAAGUGUUUGAAAAUGUUUAUAACAUAUCAUAUUUUAUUUAUAGCACAUUAUAUAAUUAUCAGCCUCUCCAACCCAUAAAAAGAAUAAAAAAACCAAGAAAGCAAAAAUAAAAACAAAAACAAACAAAAUGAGAUAAUGGUGUUUUCAAUAAACAGUCCUUUUAUUUAAUGUACCCUUAGGUACAAGUAUGAUUCGUGCAAUUGCAUGUCAGUUCUUUGCAUUUCAAUUACCUUAAAACCUGUAUUUCUUAUUGACCUAAUAUGAAGAAUACUUUAAUUACCAAUAUUGUCUAUAUGUUGAAUAUAUGUAAAAACAUAGUCCUCUAGAGGAGUUUGUUGUCGGACUUUACAACAACAUAUAAGCUUCAAGAUUAUUGCCAUCACAUUGUAAUACUAUAUAAUAGUAAUUGCAUUUACCUUUCUAGAGCACCUUAAAACACUCUAUAUAUUUUUCGAGUUUGUGUUGCUUAAUUCUUAGUAUAAUGUGAAGUAGAUUCAUUAUUGUUGCUUAUAUUUCCAUAUAAUUUCUAGAACCUUCGAUUGAAAUUAUCUUGGACGUAUCAUUUUACUUCGAAACGUUAUAAAGUUAAGGAUGGUGUACCGAUCAUUUUUAUAAUUUACCUGUUCUGCAUCUUUUCCAAUAGCUGACGUAUUUACAGUCUUAUGUAUAGGUAAACCGUACCGUCGAUCUCUUUACAUGUUUAAGUUCCAAUUAAUAAAAAUGCAGGUUGGUAUUCGAAUCAUUUGUCAUUAUGUGGACGAAUCACACAUCCAACAAAGACUUUUUAUAUGACCUUGGCUGUUGACGGUAUAAUAUUUUAAAGAUAAUAAAAAAAAAUCAUUAAAGAUACUAAGCUUAUCUGAAUAAUUGUUCAGAGUAAUAAAAAUGAAGGAUGAUGCUUCAAACUUUUUCCACAUUGUGUGAAAAUCAAUAAAUAAUCAUAUUUAGCACUUUUUUUUUACUUUUGAUAUUUGUACAUGCUCGUGUUAGAACUUAUUAAUCUUCUUUAAAAUGCGAUUUUAAACCAGUUAAUCAGUUUCCAGCUGCAUGAUAUGUUAUAUAAGUACUAAAUUUAUUUCCAAAAUGUCCUAUUCUUAAAUUUAAUAAAAAUGGGUAAAAUUCUUGAAUGUUUUGAUAUCGUUUUUCUCACAUGUAUAUAAAUAAAUAAACGUUCAAUGAUAAAACUGACAAAUAGAUAAAAGCACUGCUACUUAAGUAGAAAAUAACAAAUAUAAGAAAUGGUAAAAUUUGAAAAAUAUUUCAAUUUAUUCAUCAUUAAUAUCACUGUACAGUUUUAUUUGUUUAAUCGAUAUAUAACUAUCAGCUCAGUUUGAGCUUUAAUUCAAUAAAAUAGUAUUUACACAAAAGCU